AUGCCAGAAGUAACGGACCAGGAUUUACCGCUAGAAUAUCUCAAAGUCGGCAAGGUAAAAAAGGAAGAUGCACUCGAUAAAGCCCUCGACAAAGCCGUCAAAGCCGCUAGGAAGGGAAAGGCUACUAAACAACCAAUUACAAUCAAAGCUUCACCAACUACCGCACAGUUCAUCUCUACUGGAAAAAAGAAGCCACCGAUCGAACAGAUUAACCUUUCGCAGAUCAAAAAAAUUCAGCGAUCCAGUUUGAACGGGAAGGUUGUCGUCGCGGCACUCAAUGAAGACAAAAAAACGCCAUACAAGCUUGUUUCAAUGCGUUUCAAGUCAUCUGAAGCCUAUGAAAAGGGUAUCGAGGCCCUAAGACCUGAGAAGACAAGCCCAGAGGCCGGUCGUUCCGCAUCACCUUCCCCGGUGCGAGGUGCACAUUUGGAUCAGGAACAGAGUCCUUCUGCGAACAUAAAGGAACAAACCAGGCCUGUCAGUCCGCACACGAGCCCUGGACGGUCUUUAAAGAAUCGUUAUGAUACGCCCGUCGGCAAUGGUAGAGAAACUCCACAACGCGCCAGGGUAACCAGCGUUUCUUCGGCCACACACUCUACCCUGCCUUCAUCUUCACAUAAAGCCUAUCCUGUGAAUGAGAACUACAGGCGACCCGACUCCACCAAGAGCCCUCACGAUAAUAACUACUCGAGGUUGCUGAGUGGCGUUAACAUGUGUCAUGCAAAGACUACCUACGCUAGUACUGACUUUAUUUUUGGGCCCCGCAUUGAGGUACCCACAGAGGAGGUGCAGCCGCCUGUUCGGAGAAACUAUGUAGUCACCUACAUCGCUUCGCACCCAACCCCAUUUCCUCAGCUGGCAUACACCCCUAAUUCCUUGCUUACUUCAACACCCGAUGUCCCCCUUUCCUUGUCCGAGCAAUCACACGCUGAGCAGCCAUUGGUGGGAAAUGGUUUCAACUUUGGCAGUAUUAGCAACCAGUACACCGAUAGGCAAGCUACACAACACAGCCAGAAGCAACGUCAAUUCAUCCUAGACAGCAGCAACUCCCAAAACAAAUGGCUCGUUGAAAACUGCGGAAGCCGACUACGAUCCGAAGACAUCCCAAGUCACUUCGGCGGCGCUGACCACAAAAAGAGAUGCCGGCAGAUACCACUGGACAGGGCGUCAUGUCUGAACAUCCGCACCCCACGUGUCACUAGCACUAACAGCAGCAGUUACUCCCAGGACGAACCAAGAGGGGCCUGCCGAAUUAUAUACCCAUCCAGAGCACCAAUGACCAGUAUUAGGCGGUCCCGCUCGCAUAGUGGACGACCCUUCAUCCAUCGAAUCGAGUUAGUUGGCGAAGACCAGGACGGUGAGUCUAUGGAUGACAGUGACCAUACUUGCAAGUCCGAGGGGCAAAAAAGCCGCAAAUGUUCCGGAAGGCGAUGGAUCAAACAGCCUAUCUCUUCUUCCUGCUCCGCCUGCGGCUCAAGCGUUUGGCAGUUGAGGCGACGUUCCGGCUCCUGUGUCUCCGAUUCCAACAGCACGACGAUGAGCAUGGAUAGCUAUGAAUACAUGGAGGCAGACUGUCCUAAGGGAAUAAUUAAACUUUAUCAUCGGCCGACACUGAGCGUCUUUUAA